CGACGGACAACGGCCGCGACAUCCGCCGCCGUUAUGGCUCGGAGGCCCCCUGGGUCAGGAGCGCUUUGGGCCCCCGCCGGCCAUCGUCCCCGCCGCAGUGACCGCAGCCGCAGAGCGGCGCCGGCGCGCCGCGCGCGGUCCACGAUGGUUUUUGCGCGGCCCUCCUCCGCCCCCAGCCGGCGAGCCCCCGCCGCGACGGCUCGGGGCCCCGAGCGGCGAGCGCCCGCGAGCGCCCAGCCGCAGAGGCCCGCCUCCGCGCGGGCCGGCGGCAGGCCGCGGCCACAGAGCGCAGGCGGCGGCCGCCCCACGGACCCGCACGGCGUGUCCCUGCUCGGCGGCGCGGCGGCGCCGCCGCGGCCGGGCUGGGGGGCCCCCGCGCCAGCGUCGCCGACGAGCUCGGGCGUCCUCCGCUCCAGCUUCGCCCGCUCCAGCUUCGCCUCCUCGAGCUUCCUCGAGCGCCUUCCAGCUUCCCUCUCCUGGGGCGGCGCCGGCGCGCCCGAGGGCGGCUCGGGGCAGCAGGGCGGCACCGUCCCAGCUGCGGUCAGCGCGCAGCUGCGGCGGAUGUGCCGGGGCAUGCGGGAGCCUUUCUUCGCCGUCGAGACGUGCCACAAUUGCGAGAGCCACAUUUGGAACACGCGCCACUGCCAGCGUAGGUACGACGAGAGGUUCCAGGCCUUCCAGAGCACGGUGAAGGAGCAUCAGUCCAUGUUCGACGCCUGUCAGUGCGUCCAGCUGCAUAUGCCUGGCCCCCGUGGCCUGCAGGGGCCUCCUACCAACCGCUACGGCGCGUUCGAGGUGUACCUGGUGGACCCUUCGGAGCCAGAGAAGCCGAAAGUGGUCCACUCCAAACUGCAGACGCGCAAAUGGCCGAACCCUUUGGCACUGGCCAGUGGCCGCGGCAGCAGUAGCGUCAGUGUCGUUGGGCAGUUCGACGUGCCAUACGACAGGGUCCGGUCUGAGAGCAGCAGGCACUUCCUCAGCUUCAGGAAGCACGUUGUCGAGGGCUUGUCCAAGCUGCUUUUCGACUCGGCACAGAUGCCCGUGGCGAUGGUGGAGGUCGCCAGUCCGUUGCUCUCUUCGUUUGGGACUUGGGAGGAGAGCCGUGGCGGGGCAAAGGACCCAGACGCCAAGACGACGGUAUUCGCUGCUAUAGAAAUAUUCGGUGUCGAAGGCGAGGAGCAUGUUGACAGGCUGAUGCGUCUCUUUCAGGAGCAGCACCCAGACCUGCUCCAGCUGCCCCAGCUCGACAAACUCGUGUGGCUGGGCCGGGGGACGACCGGAGAUCCGAGGACAGACCUGGAGGAGGCUCGACUUCUUCUCGCGAGGCCGUCCAAAGGCGAGAUGAGGAGCUUCACGCCCUUUCUGCUAGAACCGGCGCGCGAGGAGGCGUUCAAGAAGGCCGCGGCCACCAUGCAGGUGAAGAAUCUGCUGGGGGGCAUGGACGCAAAGGCCAGGGAGAUCGUCGCCAACACCCCUGCGCAGGAGAGCCUCCUUACUCUGGCCAAGAGUUUUGUAUGGGAGGUCGAAGACAUGUGGUGGGCCAAAGGGUGCAAAGGCACGCGCAGCGUCCUUGACGAGCUCCAGGAUAACCUGCGCGAGCCCAACGAUGGGAGAAAUAAGAACCUCACCAGCGAGUUCGUCAUGCGCCUGAGCGUGGAGGCGGAAGAGAAGCACGGGCUCAUGGAGGGCCUCGACUACCGCUUGAGAUGUGCGCCUUUCGGGCUCCAGGUCAUCAUCUGGUACACCAUGCAGGAGGUGGACGUCGACCGCAUCCACCUCUACCAGGACGUUCCCGAGUUUCCACAUGGGCGCGAGACGCCCGCCGAACGCGACGAGGUUUACAAGCCGUACCGGGAGCUGGUCAAGAAGGAUCCAGGGCAGUUGCGGCGGAACCCGAUGAUGUUCGGGGACGCCAACUGGGCCGUCCGGACGUCGUGGGACAGGUACGUCGCGGCCGGCGGGCAGCGAGAUGCGCACGAGUGCUGGGACGGGAUGCAGGAGUGGGUCCGAUGGGUCUGCCUGCUGGGGGCCCUGCGGCAGAGGCAGAGUCCGCCGAGGACCGUGAGCAGGGGGCUCUUCCUCGGGAGGGCCCCGGAGGGCGUGCUGGCGGGGCUCCUCGACAAGCAGCCGGGGGAUCUCAUCUUCUGGGCCGCCCUCUCCCGUACCACCACGGACCCGAAUAUCGCCUCCCACUACGCCAACCAGGCGGAGCCGGUGGAGAAGAACAUCGUCUUCACCAUCGAGAACGUGUACGAGGGCAUCCACCUCGAGCCCUUCAGUCAGUAUCCCAGGGAGAGGGAGCUGCUGCUGGCGCCAUUCUCGCUCCUGCGCGUGAAGCAGGUCGUCCAGCCUUCGGCCGGCCAGUUCGCGCGGCUGAUCUGCGACUACGCCGGGACGCUAAUGACAGGUUCCCUCCACGACGCCUCACUCCAGGAGGAUCUCUUCAGCUCCUGGAUCAAGCUGUGUGAGACCGGUUUCGCUUGCCUGGAGAAGGGUCGAAAGCGCCAGGAGGAUGAGGAGCGGAAACGCAAAGAGCAAGAGGAGCGGAAACGCAAAGAGCAAAAGGAGCGGAAGCGCAAGGAGCAGGAGGAGGCAGAGAGGAAGAGCAAGGCCGACGAGCAGUCAAAGGCCAAGGCCGAUAAGAUGAAGGCCAAGACUCAGGAGAUGCUGCAGAAGCUCGGAAAAGGGGGCUCCGUGCAGUUCUUCCGCUUGUCUCUCGUCUGGAAGAAGGCGGUGGACCUAGGCCUCCAUCUGAUCGGGCCACCAGGCCAGUGCCUGUUCAACAAUAAGAAGUGCGGGCCUUUUGAGUUGGACGUGGACGACCAGGGCUCGGGGUCGACCGAGGACCGGAUCAAGAACAUCACGGCCAAUGCCAAGUUGGGCGAUGGACGUUAUUUGGCGGAGGUGCAGCUCUACGCCGGCUCCGGCCCGGUGGACUGGGAGGCCGUGUGCUGCUUCGGUGACGGCCAGUCCAUCUACAAAGCUGGCACGUGCAGCAGCACAGGACAGACGUGCACGAUCGCGGAGUUCGACGUCACGGCCGGGAAGCCGGUACUGAAGGGCCAGUAAGGAGGGCGCAGCCGUGGCCGAAGCGGUUUGCGGCCAGGGCAUUAUGCCCGAGGGCCUCUGCAUCUCUCCCUCCACUUGGGCCCGUCAAGAAGGAAAGGGACUUGGGCGACUGGGGAACGCGUCCUCAGGGCAUCGAAGACGCCCUCGGCGAAUCGCCGCCGCCUCCUGCCUGUCGGAAUCGCCCAUGUGGCCGAGCGUUGUGGCAAGAGUUUUGCCAAGCUAUCGGGAGAACCAGAGUAAGCCCAAGA